GUGAUAGAUUUCUCUUUUGCGCUGACUGACGACAUGACUACGUCGAGUAUACGUGUUGUGUGCUGCAGAGCGGUAGGUAUAGGAUAGAGAGGUGGCGAAGUAGGUAUACGGCCGGUGGUGGCAAUCUUUCGCUGGAAUUUAUGGCGAUGCUCUGCUGCCAAGGCAAAGGCAAGACAGCGGAAAAGUGAAUGCGUUGUGUUUUGACGUUUUCGUUCAUUGCUGCUACUCAUUAUACACGAUCUCUUGGCGCUUGUUUCUUUUAUUUUUGAUUACAAUACUUGUAGGAGGCGGUACCGAACGAUCAUAGUACCUGCACGUUUCUCGGAAACCUUGGAGUCUCGUUUGUGCUGUUCGGAAGUGCUCAAUAAGGGAGUUCGCUACGACGAAAAUGGGAAAGGAUACAUCAGCAUAAGGCAGACACUGCACAGCAUCCACAGCAGUGUUUUCAUCAUGUAUGCUACUAGAAGAUGAUAUACAUGACAUGGAGUCACCAAAGUGAGAGUUAUUGAUCGGUGAUGCUCAUGAGCAUAUUGUCCUCCGGUUCGUGCGCGUUAUGCUGUGUAGUGUUUCGGGAAGAUAGCAACACUGGCCACUACUAGUUACCUACACUUUUGCGCUUUAAUGCUCCCGUCCGUAGUGAAUCAAGUGAACGGUGCAUGAGAAGACGAAGAGAAAAGAGUAAGAGAAGAUCAUUGUGCGCGGUCUGGAUAAUGAAGAUGAGUACGGAAACUGGGUGGUUCAAGACGACAGGCGGAAGAUGAUGACGAUGUCUACUAUACGAUAUAGAGGCGAAAAAGUGUACGGUCGUGUGAUAGAGAGUGUAUUUAUGAAGAAAAAGAAGUUUUCAUUUAUUUUUUAAUCGUGAAGGCUCUCGCUCUCUUUCUCUCGUGUUAGGCAAAAGUACUUACUCGCGUGCAAGCAAGGAGCAACCAUCAAAGCAAGGUGUGAUGAAAAGAAAUGGAUGAAGAAGAAGUAGAAGAGAAAUCUGCAUAUGUGAGAAUAUCGGUACACCGCUACUGUGCACGUAGAUACCUUCAAAACACAUCGCGGACGUGAAAAGAAAGGAGAGCAAGUAGUGUUAUAUUCGAAGAAGAACAAAAAAUAAUACUCAAUUGGAAACAACAACAGCAAUAACAACACCAUGCCACAGUGUGCGCGUGUAUUGGUGUGGCAUUGAUUGGCGAGCGUAAAUGUGUGUGUGUAUUGGUGAGACACUCCAAAACAUGGCAAACAUUGAAAGUGUGAGGCGUAAUGUCGUCAUGAUUAAUUGUGAUUUGUUUAUUUGCUCUGAUGGGAUUCGAAGAAGUGUGAUUCUGACUGACCAUUGGGUGCUUUACAAGUGCAACAACGUUACACCCGAACUGGUGGGAACUCGCAGGGCCAUCCGCGACCUAUCGAGAGAGUGUGAUGGGACUGAAGUGAUGCACAUUCUCGCAUUUUAUUGAUUAAUCUGGUGAUAAGCAGCAGCGCAGACAGCACCUACUAGAGCUGUUGUAAUGGUGUGCAAAUAUGUGACCUCAAGCGCGGUUGUUCAGUGCAGCUAGCUGUCUGUCGACGAUGAUGGUGCGUGUGACGACAUUGUCCAAUGUAACUAGACUUAUCCACAUGCAAUUAACAAUAUUUAAACACAAGCAUUAAUCGUACAUACAACAAGCAAGAAAUACUACAUAUAGCUACGAAUAACAAGUCACCCUCACUAGUGAGAGUUCUACAAUUGAGGGACCGUUUUACAGGACGUGUCCCUAAAAAAUCCCGAAUCCCGGAGACCUGCCUAGCUAGCAGCAACAGCAGCGGCAGCAGGAGGUCACCACCACUGAACGCAAACACAACACAAACCACCCCCCUUUUUAACUGUUCGAUCGUCCCGAGCGCUCCCCUGCACGGUGGCAAACGACAACAGCAGCUGCUCGUCGUUGGCACAGUAUGUCGCAGAAGGGCCAGAAGCGAUCGAAUCGAGCAGAAAAUGAUGGACCACCGCCGAUCAAGAAGCGCAAGGGCCGCCCCGCGGUCUCGUCGAUGGAGGAGGACAACUCGCUCACGUCCAACACCGGUGGUCCGACGACGCCGACCAAGAACUGGCAACCGCGGGCGGUCAUCGACAUCAAGAUGUCCAGUAUAUACAACCGUACUGCACCGGAAGCACCGGCUGAAUUGUUUAGGAAGGAUCUUAUCAGUGCCAUGAAGCUACCGGAUUCGGAACCACUGGCCGCCGAUGAGUACUGGGUCAUCAACGACCAGUGGAAACAGGAGUGGGAACGUGGCGUGCAAGUCCCAGUAAAUCCGGACUCGUUACCAGAACCCUCCGUAUCCAUCAUUCAGGAGAACUUCUACAAGAAACGACAGGACUUCAAGCUUCCCAAGAACAAGUACAUCCGGAUAACGAAGGACGAGUCGUUUUCGCACGAUCAACACUACUUGUCGAACACGCCGGCCAUCUCGGAGCAGGUGUGCUACUACGACCUCGACCAGUGCGACGAAGCGUGGUUGAAGGUCUUCAACGGAGAACGGAAUCUAGCCGGACUGGUGCCAGUGACUGACGAGCAAUUCGAAAGGGUCGUUGAAGAACUUGAAGUUCGAUGUUGGGAUAAAAUCCAGGCAAUCAUGAAAAGCGAAGAAGGUCUUGGCAUCGAGUACGACGAAAACGUCAUCUGCGACGUGUGUCGCUCACCGGACUCGGAGGAAGCCAACGAGAUGGUGUUCUGUGAUAAUUGCAAUAUUUGUGUGCACCAGGCCUGUUACGGAAUUACGAACAUCCCAUCUGGUCAAUGGAUGUGUCGGACGUGUUCGAUGGGCCAGAAGCCGGACUGCGUACUAUGCCCGAACAAGGGUGGAGCCAUGAAGUCGACUCGAUCCGGGCAGAAGUGGGCGCACGUGUCUUGCGCCCUGUGGAUACCGGAAGUCAGCAUCGGUUCCGUGGACCGAAUGGAACCGAUUACGAAAAUCUCCAGUAUACCCCCGAGCAGGUGGGCCCUGAUAUGCGUUCUCUGUCGGGAGCGCGUCGGAGCCUGCAUCCAGUGUUCGGUGAAGACCUGCAAGACGGCGUAUCACGUGACGUGCGCCUUCCAGCACGGGCUCGAGAUGCGUGCGAUCAUCGAGGACGAGAACGCCGAAGACGGCGUCAAGUUGCGGUCGUACUGUCAGAAGCACGGUGUUCACAAAGGUAAACGCGAUAAUAAAAACGCCAACAAUAACGCGGGUUCCGCCAGUGAGGAAGAGUCAGGCAGCACCGGGGAAGUGAAACGUAAGAAACGUAAGGACAUGACAUCGGAGGAACGGAAUCAGGCUAGGGCACAACGUAUGCAAGAGAUCGAGGCCGAGUUCGAUAAGCAUGUCAGUGUUAAAGAUAUUAGUUGUCAUUUGUUAGAUGUUGAUCAGGAAGCUAUUCACUACAUUUAUAACUACUGGAUACUGAAGCGCAAGUCUGGUCAUAAUCGUCCACUCUUGCCGCCCAAGUCGGACGAUGUAGACAUGGUUGCCCAGAAUCAAGAACAGGCCGAUGAUUUGGAAAAGAUGAAAAUGUUUGUUCACCUACGACAAGAUCUCGAACGGGUUCGUAACCUGUGCUAUAUGGUUAGUCGGAGGGAGAAACUAUCGCGAUCGUUCUUUCGCAUGCGGGAACAAACGUUUCAUAAGCAGAUCGCAGCCCUUACUCGAGGGCCCGGGGAUAAGAAACCUUUAGACGAAUCUACAAUCGAUGUUAUCAUGCAAGCCAACCAUGGUCCUACGAUAUAUGAUAGACUAUAUUCAAGUGAUUCCGUUAGUAAUAGGGCAGUAAUGAGUUUAGAAGAUAUGUUAGAGCGAAUAAUUGGUGUACAUAGUAGUAGCAGUUCUGGUAGCAACAGUAAGAUAAAUAACCGUAAACAGCAGCAGCAAAACGAAAAAUCAAAGGAGGGAGGCGGUAAGAAACCAACCGACGUAAACGGUAUGAAUAAAAGUGCUUCGCAACGAUCAGCCUCCAAUAAGCAGGAUAAUCCUUACAAACGGACCUACAUUAACGGUGCAGCGAGGCGAAGUGUUAGUGAUAUAUCUAGUGAAAGUGACAACCAUUCUCGACGAAAUUUGAGUACAAGUGCAAGUUCGGCCGAGGAUGAAGACGUCAAGAAGAGCUCACCACCAGCGUCGAAGAAGAAAGCCCGCCAAACCAAGGCAGCUGACAGAAAACGGAGAAAAGUGGGAUCGUCGACCGAAAAGACUCGAACCAACUCGAUGGAAAGUUCCAGUGAGGAUGAAGGUAACGAGC